AUGGAUACCGAAACUAAAUUAACUCUUUUAGGAACAGUUUUCGCUGGAUUAUUCAGUGGGGCAUCAAUCUACAUCAACGUUGUUGAACAUCCUGCAAGAUUGAGUUGUGGAGCUGAUAUUGCACAUACUUAAUGGAUGCCAUCUUACAAGAGGGCUGCAAAAUGGUAAGCUUCUUUAGCCUUUCUUGGAGGAUUAGUAGGAGUUGUUAACUACUUUAAAAACAAAAAUAAACUUAGUUUAAAAGCUGGAUUGUUGCUAGCCUCAGUCAUACCAUUCACAUUAAUCGCCAUAAUGCCGACAAAUAAGAUAUUAUUAGGAUAAUAACAAUUAGAGUAAGAAACUAAACUAAAUUUACUAACAAAAUGGGGCUAAUUACACGCAGUUAGAACAGUGGCAAGUUUAAUUUCUUUUGGAUUAUUUUUAUUUGCUUUGGCCAAAAAAUGA